AUCAAGCACGAACAACCAAACAUUCUCGCGAGAUCAAAACGAGGCUGUGUCGUUCACUAGGGACGCCACUUUGAAUCCAAGGGCCCGUAAUUUACCUUUUCUAAAUCGAUUUACAAUGCCUAAAACAUGAAGAAGAUUUUUAAAAGCAGUAAGGCGAAGGGAAAAAGUUCCGCUCCAGAGCCAGUCAGUAAUGCAGCGUUCGAUCCUCCAGGUUAUUCGCUGAAGGAGAAGGAUUUACCGAAGCUGCACAAGUCGGCCUGGGGCGGCGAGUUGGUGAAAGUGCAGCAACUCAGCAAGAAGGGAGAUGUCAAUCAACUUGAUAAGGGGAACAGAACCGCCCUUCAUUUGGCGUGUUCUCAAGGCCACAAAGAGAUUGCGGCAUUCCUAGUGUCAAACAAAGCCAAGCUGAACCUGUGUGACAAUGACCAGCGGUCGCCUCUCAUGAAGGCUGCCCAAGGCAACCACGUGGCUUGCGUUGAGACCCUUCUGAGGAGCAGUGCAGACCCUAACCUAGUGGAUAAGGAUGGCAACACUGCGUUACACGUUGGCGCUCAUGGGGGCUUUGUGGAUGUCGUCCUGCUCUUGUUGAAGGGCGGCGCUAUGGUCAACGCCCCAAACAAGAGGGGGAGUACACCGUUGCACUUGUGCACUGAGGCUAAACAGGAUGUCAUGGCAGAGGUGCUGUUGGACAACGACGCUGACGUCAACGCAACGGAUAACGACAACAGGACUGCUCUGAUGCUGGCCUGUCAGUCAGACCAAAUUGGCCUGGUCAAGUUACUGCUGGAACGCAAGGCAGACACAGAGAUCAAGGACAGCAAGGGAUGGACGGCCAACGACCAGGCUAUCAUGGCAGGAUUCCAUGGGUGUUCCCAUCUGAUCGAUGAAGCUAACUCCAGUCGGCGUCCCAGGUCCGCGGUGGGCCGGCCAGGGUCCAGCAUGUUUGGCUCUACUGGAGGCUCGGAGGGGGUGGGGCUUGGCUUCAGCCUUGGGGGAGGCAGUGCUAGGGAUGAAUACGAUGAUGAUGAAGAUGAAAUUUCUGCUGGAAAGGAUUCGUUUGAGGAAGAUUCUUGGGGUGCCUCCGCUUCUGAAGUGGAUGAACCUGUCAAACCGAAACCCAAGGUUUCCAAGGCAGUGAAGCUAAGCAAGUUUAUAGUUGAAUCUGACGACGAAUCCAUAAGGAGCGGGGAUACCUCUCAGCGAUCAACAGCCUCCAAGUCCCGCAUCCCCCGUGCCGUCUCCAAGGACAGCCUGGCCAGCAACCGCUCCGCCUUGCGAGGCGCCAACCAAGACGUCAGCAGCAGCAAGAUCCCGCGCUUGGCAGGCACCAAGGCUCCCAAUCCCACCGCUGCCACCGAUUCACCAUCCAAGGCAAAGGCCGUGAAUGCGGGGAAGGGUCGCUCCAUGAGUGACCCCGAUCCGUGGGAUGACACCCCAACACCAACCCCUAGAGACGAUGCCCCUCCUGCUGAUAGCUUUGCUGCCACGCCUAGAGGAGUACCUCUCACGCCCAGAAGUAGUGGCCUUUCAUUUGGAGAGAGUGGCAGUGAAUGGGACGACGAUGACGUACUGGGGGUUCUGGAAGGAACGUCUCCUAAGAAAAUGACAAAUGUAACAAAGGAGAGACAGCCAAUCUCUGCAAAACCAAAUGACGAGGCGGAGAAGAGACCUCUCAGUUCACAAGACAAGCAACAAAGAAAAGAUGUUCUAAAUAAGCUAGGAAUGAGCGACGUUGAAGAUGAUGACGAUGAUGAUUCUAGUCUCAGCUUCACUGACGAGGAACCUAAAAAACCGUCGCUUGUCAAACAAAGUCUUCAGUCGAAUCCUAUCAUCAAAGCUGAAGAUGGCCCCAUUGUCUUGAAAACAGCCAAGGCUGCAGCAGAUGAUGAAGAAAAUGAAGAGUCAGACUGGGACUCGGACAAUGAUCUACUACCGUCCAAUGCCUCUAACGGUAAAGAUCCGCCAGUAAUAAAACCCGGAGAUUCAGGGAUCCAGACCAACUCAGACAGUCUAGCCUCCAAGUCCAAACCGGCGUCCUCACCCCGCGUGGAGAGGAAGUUACCGCCGAUACCCUCCAAGGAGGCACCGGGGAAGGGCGGAGAUUCAAAGGAGGCAGGGGAGGGCGGGGCCAGGGAGGAUGCUAGUAGGCAGGAGGAACACGAAGUUGAUGAGGUGAUCGAAGAUGACGAUGAUGACUGGGACUCGGAUGAAGAUGAUGAAGAGGAAGAAAGUGAAUGGGAGAAGGCCAGGAAGAGUAACAGGAGGGCCAGCGCCCACGAGGAGUUGAAACAGGCACAGAAGACGGAGGUCAGCCGGCAACAACAGUGGGAACAGGAGGAGGCAGAACGGGAGAAGAAACGAAAAGUGGAGGCCGAGGAAGAGCUGCGCAGAGAGCAGGAAGAGAUUGAGCGAGAACGACAACAGAGGGAAGAAGAGGAAAGAGAGGAAAGGGAACGCGAAGAGGAGGAGCGACAGGAGAGAGAACGUAGGGAGGCAGAGAAGAGAAAAGAAGAAAAGGCAAGGCAAGAGGCAGAGAAACGAGAACGAGAAGAAGCAGAGCAGAGGCGAAGGGAUGAGGAGAGGAGAGCUGCCAAAGAGAAGAAACAGCAGGAGGAACAGUUGAAGAAGCUAGAGCAGGAGAAGAGGGAGAAACAGCUGCAGGCUGAGAGACAGCUGGAGGAGAGACGGAAGAAGGAAGAUGAGGAUCGAAAAGCAGAAGAGGGAAAAAGACAGAAAAUAGAAGAAGAGCGACUGAAGAAGAUGGAACAGGAGAUGCAAGAGAAGCAAAAAGAGGAAGAGAGACUGCGCGAGGAGAAAAGAAAACAGGAAGAGGCAGAACGGAAACACAGGGAGGAAGAGCUGAGACAAGAGAUGGAGAAGAUGAAAACUGUGGAGGAGAGGAAUGAGGCUGAGAGAAUGCAUCUUGAGAAAGAGAGGAAACGACUUGAACAGGAACGACAGCAGGAAGAGUUGAGGAGAGAGGAAGAAAAGAAAAGACUGGAGAUGGAGACCAAGAUGGAACUGGAGAGGAUUGAAGCAGAGAGAGCAAAGUUUGAUGCAGAGAGACGCAUGAUAAAGAAAGAGCAGGAAGAGGAAAGGAAAAGGACUGAGGAUGGGCAGAGAUUGGAGAAACAGAUUCAGGAGGAAACAAGAAAGAAACAGGAUGAAGAAAGGAGGAGAAAUGAGGAAGAAAGACGGAGGUUAGAAGAGGAGAAAGAGGAACUGAAAACACUUCGUCUACAGCAAGAUGAGGCAAAGCAGAGGCUAGCAGAUGACAGGAAGCGAGAGGAAGACAGGCGGAAGUUUGAGGAGGACAGGAUCAAGAGGGAGGAAGAACGUCUUGAGAUGGAGCGGAAGAGAAUCGAGGAGGAAGCCAAGAAGCGGCAAAGGGAAUUGCUCCAGGGGAUGUCGUCCAAGAGCGAGGGAGAAAAGAAACAGUUAGAAAAGGAAUUGCAGCGCAUGCAGGAGGAGCAGCAGCAUGAGAUUCAACGCAGAGUGGAAGAAUUUGAAGAAGAGAAGCGGAGGCAGGCAGCUGAGAAGUCAGCCCUUGAAAGGGAACUGGAGCUUCAGUCUCAGCGGUUCAAGGAGGAGAGACAGAAAUUUGAAUCCCGGCAGAAGGAAGCCGAGCAGCAGAGACAGCUGAUGGAAUCUCAGCGGGAGGAGGAACUAAAGGAAGUAACUGAAGAGAGAACAAGAGAGAUGGAGCAGAUGAAGACGGAGAAGCUUCGUCUCCAGAAGGAGAACCAGGACAUCGAACGCAAGUGGCAGGAGAUCAAGAAAUUAAAACAAGAGGCGGAAAACAAGGAGUCAGAGAGGUACCUCCAGAGAUACCAGAAGUCCAUCGAGAGGAGGUUGCAGGAUGAGGAGUCCAACGAUGCGGUGACAGCCGACGGUGACCACGACCACAGCUCCGAUAUCGACGCCGAUCUGCAUGAGAUGGAAGCCGCUGUCUUGCAGAAGCAGCAGCAAGAUGUUCAGGGUACAAGUCCUGUACUUUCAGGCAGCCGAAGACGAAACAACAACAUGAGUAACGGUCUGGAUUCACAGGGAAAUACAGCGGAGUUCAAUCAAGGAUUGAUUGGGCAAAACCUUCAGAAUCCUCUUCACUCCACUGCAGCUUCCAGAUCCCUGAGAUUAACCCAUAACACGCUGACUAACGGCAACCCACACGGUCUAUACUCAAAGCAACCGGCGUGGCUGGCGAUUCUCAAUGAGCCGGAUGGUCUGGACUCCUCCUCAACCGAUGAAGAUGAUGAUGAUGUGGACGGCAGGGGACCAGCCACUGCCGAGGAGCUGCAAGCGUCCUUCCUCUCGCCGUACCUGACCUCCACGCCCCAAGGCCUGAACACCAAUCAGAACGCUGGGGGGACGUCGUCAGCCGACGGUCCCACAGAUCCUGCGGCCUUCCUGCGAUUACAGGGUCAGCUGAGAGAACAGAAGCGCAUCGCCGACCGAGAAAAAGGACUGCGCGCCAACGCCGAUAAUCACUGUAAGGCUCUAGAGGGCGACAUUGAUGAGAUGCACAGGAGGGUGGAUGAAGCGAAUCACAGCAAAGUAGCACUGGACCAACAACUGCUGGACCUCGAGGCUCGGGUCCGAACUCUUGAACAUGAGUUAAGCCAGGAGUUGGAAAAGAGACACAAUGCCGAAGUCAUACUUGACAAGACUAAAGAACAACUCCAACGGAAAGAAGAACAGUAUGCACUUGAAAUUGAAGCCAAGCAGAAGGCUGAGUUGGGAUCCAGAAAUGUCAGCCUGGAGUUGCGCACAGCUCAGAAUCUCGCCAGACAGUUUGAGGAGGAACGCGACGAGCUACGCUCUCAACUCCUUCACGAGAAACACGCCAGGGCACUGCAGGAGGAACUGGUUCAGGAUCAACUCCAUGCCCAAGGUGUCUUACAUCAGGAAACCUCAAGAUUCUUUGCAGAAAAGGCUGAAGCGGUCAGCCGUCUUGAAGCUGCUGACGAGAGCCGCAAGAACGUGCUCAACCAGAGCGACCGACUCAAGACAGAACUCAAUGCACUUAGGGUGGAGCUGGAGCGACAGAGGAUGCGACAUCGGGACGACCAGGGUAUGCUGACAUCAGAAAAUGAGGAACUUACCAACAAGAUAGAGGAACUCAAGAACGAAAUCCGAGUGAGUGAGGAAGCCCUGGCCCACGCAACGAUGGCGUUCAACUCUCAGCUGAUGGCCGUCAAGACUGAGAACGCCAUGCUGCAUGGCGCCGUGGAGAAAGAAAUGAACAAAGCCGAUAAGUUACAGACAAAGCUUGAGUCUGUGGACAGAAGGCUGCAGUCGACAUCCCAAGAAUUGGAGAGUUCACAGCAGGCACGGAGUGAGCUAGAAAGGUCGUUCCAGAGGGACAGAGAGGAGUGGAGUCGAGGACGGGACAAACUGGAAGCAGAAGUCAUCGCACUCAGGGAGGCUGCACUGGUAGCAAACAAGAAAUACACUUCCAUCGAAAGCAAACUCCGCAACCUUGAAAAAGAGCUUCAGGUAACCGGUACUUCGCUCAUGGAGCGCAGUAAUCAACUCACGUCCCUACAGCGAGAGCUAGACAGUCGCAACACGCACCAGAGCUCGCACGACACCCUGCUGCAAAAGGAAAAGGAGGACAACUAUAAGAUAUCAGCAAGAAUGGAAUCCUUGAUGGAAAGGCUGAACGAUUCCCAGAGCGAGAUAUCCAAGCUGCGGCGCUCCCUGGAGACCGCUCAACAGGAGAAGACGCAACGAGACAAGGAUCUGAUGGAGGCCCAGGAGAAGUUCAGCAACACACUCAAGACUCUGCAAGCCGAGAACGACAGGACACGCAGCGUGUGGGACGAGAGGGUUUCCACGUCAUCUGAUAACAUCGGCAGACUCAAGGAGGAGUUACAACGCUCAGAGCACAACAGGAGCCAGAGAGACCAGGAGAUCAGGCAAAUACAACAGGAGCUGACAGAUGCUCUCAGGAAGUUGUCUAUCGCAGAAGCCAACUUGGAUCUGGCCAGGAAGACCCAGAACGAGCUUGACAAAGAGAAGCAGCAGCAAGCUCACCACAUGAAACAGCUGCAGGAUCAAAUGAGAUCAACGGAGAGAGAUCGUCGGUCUCUGGAGGCGCGGAUUGAAGACUUGCAAUCUGACCUGAUGCAGACGCAGCGAAACAACUUGAACACAUCCCAACAACUCAUGGUCACCCAAACGUCAUUACAGAAAAAGUCUGAGUUGGAGGAGAGACUGCGAGACUUGGAGGGAGAGAAUGCCCGGCUGGAAGCUGCCAUCAGACAGGAGAAGGACAAAAGUAACAGCCUGGAGAGAGAAGUUCAGGACUCUAACAAGAUGCGGGUCAGUUUGGAAGAUCUGGUGUCAAACCUGCAGACAACGUCGAUGCGUAUGGAGGGAAAAUUGCAAGAGGAGACAGCGAAUCGGAGUCUGUUUGCCAAAGAAGCUGAAGACCACAGAGGACUCUGGGAAUUGGAGGUCAAAUCGAGGUCACGGCUUGGGCUCAGGAUUGCACAGUUGGAGAGAGCCAAGACAGAGGUGCAGGCCCAAGUGGAUGAGGAAAAGAAGAAAGUUCGCAAGAUGGCGGAGAUGAAGAGGAGUUACGAGGAGAGGUGGCAGAGUGAAGUACAGAGGACCCAACUUCAGGAGCAAGAAAUCAACACACUGAAGGCCAAGCUGAGGACAGCCAAGAAGAGACUCAAGGAUUUAGAUGCCCCUGAGCUACGUCUCAACACCUUACAGACGGGCUACGAGCGAGAACGUCUGAACAUGGAAGCAGCGGUGGCCACGCAACGAAGACAGAUUGACGACUUGAACCAGCAGUUGGAACGAGAGGCCUCUUUGAGAGUGGACGUUGAGAAACAGAAUAGACAGUUUCAACAAGAGUUGUCGUCAGCAAAGACUCAUGAGAAGGGUAAAGACAAGCUGGAGAAAACGAGGAGAAAGCUGGAAGAAGAGUUGACCCAGAUGAAGUUGCUAGUGCAGCAUAACUUCAUCGAGAAAGGAGAAUUGGAGAAGUACAAGCAGCAGCUGGAUGCCAAGGCAAGGAUGGAAUUAAAUGAGAAACUAGACCAGGUCAACACCUACUUGGAAGAACAGUCUCAGGCUCGGGAGAAAUUGGAGACGCUGAGAAACUCCAACGAGAAUGAGCUGAAGAAAGAACAGGAGAACACCAUUAACGAUCUCAAGAAUGAAAUCGGUAGACUGCGAAGCAGCUAUCAUGACAUGCUGGCGCAGAAGGAAACAAUGGAGGUUGAGGUUGCACGAUUCAAGGAGUUGUACCAAGAUGCGGUGAAGAAACAGGACAAAUUGGCUGCUCAACUCGAGAAAUCUCAGGACAGACUCGUGGACACACAGGCCAAGUUUUCGCUGCAGAAGCAACGUAACCGACAGAUGCUAGAUGGAAGCCUAGAUUUGUCUCCUAGUCACCUGCCCAAGAAACAAGCCCCGAGUCCCCACAUUGACUCCAUCACUGAGAAGGUAUGGAGUGAGUUGGACAAGAGUAUCACAAGACAUUUACAAGCAGCACCCACAGAUCUUGGGUCCUCACUAGCCGAACUGCGAGCCAGUGCGCUGAGUCGCAGCUACGACGGUUACAACUCCCCGCUCCGGCACGAGAACAACCAGUAUCUUGCCACGCUCCGUAAGAACUACUUCGUCUAAAAAAACAAAACCAAUCAAACUACGUUUUCCUGACUUUUGUAUUUAAUUGUACACUGUCUGAAAUCUCCUUGUGUGUGAUUCCUGUUAACCUUGUAAUUGUGAUAACUAUAUACUGUUUGUUCUGAAAACUAAAAAGACUCUUGUCAAAUUUAGAGAGUUUGGACGUGUGUGUAUAAUUAUAUAUAACGGACUGAAAUUGUUUGCGUGUGUGUGAUGUUUGUAUUCUUCAUUGUAUUCUUAACUGCGGUUGUACUGUUCCGAUGAAUUGUUAUUGAAUUGGUCGCCAAAGGAUAUAUUUUUUUUCCCCAUAAAAUUCAGAACCUUUCAGCAUAGAGUGCCCCUAUAGCUACUUGGACUGUUUUUACUGUCAUAAAAACAAGUAUUAAACUCAUAGGUUGUUUGAAUAGUAAGGUUUUGUUCAUACUCCUAGAGGAAAAUGCAAAGUGAAUUUCACAGGAAGAAUCAUUCUCCUGACGAGGACUAGAGCAGGCUAGUCAGAACGUUGAGAACAAACUUAUCUUACUCGGCCUCAGUGAAGAUAAUUGCGAGAAGGCCCACCGCCCAAUGUACAUGUACUUAACGAAAGUAAAUAAAAUAUAAUUAGCAGGACAAGUUCCUUUUUUGAACUAGCAGGACGGUUCUUAUUGGAACUAAAUCUACCGAGAGAAAGUAGACACAACCACAUGCUGUUACCGCAAACCGAAGCUGUAUCGAUACUCCACCAUGCAAAGCCUAAAAUCUUAUAUAAGAAUCAUUCUUGCUAAAUUGUGACAAACCUUUACAAUUUGAUUGGAAGGGUCUUUCCGUUACGUUCUUUGGCAGCAAAAUUGGCCAAAGUUUGUCCAUCUCUUGCAGUGUGGGUACUUUCUGUUAGGUUAAAAAUUCCUGUACGGUGUUGUAUUCACAUUCAGUGUGCAUGUUCACACUCGGUAUGAACCGACCUUUGAAAGAGGAUCGCUUCACUUCACUUGAUAUGCAUUUUUUUUUUAGAUAGGAAAAUAUCUGAAACUGUGCAAUAUGGUUUCAUGGCAAUUGGAACUGGCCACAUUUACUGCAUUAGGCACAGUCACUGUAGAGAAGUAUUUUUGGGGUUACGUCCGUCCAUUGUUAGAAGAUAUAUCAGUUAUAAGGAGAAAUUGCACUCCUUUUUUCCUCUCAAUUUGAUUUCUUGAUGAAGUGUUAAAGUCAUCUAGAACCCAAUUUGGCACCAUAUACCUGAUAAUUCGCUCUUUUCACGCUCCGCCAUUGGGCAUGCAGAGCCUCGAUCUGGCAACUUUACACAAUAAAAAUAGCCGGUUCAGUGAUCUGAACCCC